AUGCCUUCUCAAACCGAUGACAAGCGUCAGGCCGCGCGUGAGGUCAUUGACAUUCUUCACGAAAUCUCCACUCUCCUGAAUACCAACCUGGACCGGACCGAACUUUCACUCUGCGUGUCUCUGAUUGAAAAUGGGGUCAACCCUGAUGCUCUGGCCACCGUAAUUACUGACCUACGUAAGGAGUCUGCUUCGAAGCGAGGUCCGUCAAAUGCGCAGCCACUGGCCGAUUCAUGA